UGGCAUAUCCGCCGAGACCUUUUGAUCUCAAGGAUGGAGAUGACACUACCGGAUGCUCGCAGUGACGGAGUAGACUUAGUUGAGUGUGCGUGUGUGAUACUGCUGAAGGCGUUCAGGGAGAGAACUCACUUGAUUGAGUGCAUAGAGUGAUACUGUUAGUUGUGUGUAGCGAUGGAGCACAAUUGGAUGAGUGUAGAGAGUGAUACUCUGUGUCACGUGCAGCAAUGGAACACAAUUAGUUAAAUGUCAAGGGGACGGAGGGAGGGGUGAAUGGGAGAGGUGUACGUGUGUCCAUCACAGCUAUACCAACAUAUUUAACACCCUACACAAAGGCUUGGCACCAAUUGUCCUACAACGCCAGUCAUAAAGAUAACCAUCACGGUCAAUUCUUCUCAGCCGUCAUCAAGUCCGCACGAUAUCAACACUGCCAACUGACCAGGAGAGGGCACUUGCGCAUGCCGUCAAGGACACGCACACACACACAUACGCAUACACGCACAUACGCACCUCAGUUCCGUGUCAUCGGCCACAGGACCCGGCUCCUGGUGUGUCCGGGCGUCUCGGCCUCUGUCGGUUAAGUGUGUUUACAUGCCCACCUGGCGCCAAGAUGACCUCCCCGCACCGCCAUCAACGAAUUCUCAGUCUUCAGGAGGACCGGAGGCGAGGGAGUGUGGCGGCGGAGCUGCAGCUGGUGUUCCGGGCUAUUGAGCAGCACGCCCUGAUGCAGCUGCGGCAACACUUGGUUGACGACAGCGGCUACAUCAACGGCCACAGCGGCGCCUUUUACAUCACUCCCCUACACGCUGCGGUGGAAAUGGGCUGGGUAGAGGGCGUUCGAGAGCUCCUGCUGAAAGGAGCGUCAGUGAGUAGUAGAAACCAGUACGACCAGACGCCACUGCACUACGCAGCUGCUGCCAGGCAAGAAGAAAUCCUUGCGCUGCUCUUAGACAGUCGCAGCAGUGCUGGUGCCAUCAACUUGCACGACAUGAGAGGCACGUCUCCUCUCCACGAAGGGGCGGCGAGCGGUAGUGUUGUCGCAGUCAAGCUCCUACUGGCGAACGGUGCAAAUGUAACUGCGAUAGAUAAACAAGGGGAGUCACCCAUGCACAAAGCCGCAAAAGCCGGAGCUUUUGGAGUCAUGGUGGCUCUGCUACAAAAAGGUGGCGACCUUCGACAGAAAGAUUACAGAGGUGUCUCUGCUUUGCGCUGGUUGAUGCUCACCAACUCCAACGGACUGCAGCACCUGUUAGACCACUUACUCAUCACUAGUGUAGCAGGCAACAGAAGAUCGCCGGUAACCUUUGAUUUCUCAGCACUCGUCUGCGAAUCGUCGGGAGCUCAGCAGUGUCAGUUGCUGUCUUAUUUUAUUGAAACAGGUAAUAGUGAAAUCCUCGCUCACCCUGUGUGUCAUGUGUUUCUCUUAAUCAAAUGGAAAAGAGCAAGAAUCGUUUUCUUGGGCUAUCUGCUAUAUUUUGUGGUCUACGCAUUGUUGACGGGUUUGUUCCUUUUCAACCGGCUGCUGUGGAGCAACCGCGACACACACAAUCAAACUUCUUCGCAUCUUGAGAACACCACAAAUGUUAAUUUUUCAUCUGAUGACCAAGGUAAAACUUCCCUUCUGCCUGACCAGUGGAUGAAAGUGUGUUUGUGUGUGCAGAUUUUGAUGUUGUUAGUGAUUCACGUAAAUCGUAUUAGACUCCAAGGGCUUGCAUAUACGAAAGUGCCAAGUUUUUGGCAUAACUCCAUAUCAGUUCUGUGUGUGUUAAGUUUGCUGACGUCUUCUUGGUGUCUCGGACCAUCUACUAUUGCUGUCUGGGAGCAUCACGUCGCCACCAUCGUCUUCCUCCUACUGCAGCUCCAGUUUUUACUCAUCCUCCGGAAAUACCCGUCGCACGGCCUCUACGUCGCCAUGUUCAUCCGUGUGGCCGAGGAUUUCCUGCGAAUAUUCUUCGUAUACAGCACCCUGCUGGUGUGCUUCACUCUGACGCUCUUCCUGGCCUUCAACAGGGAGACCCACGAUGACCCAGUAUACAAGAGCGGACCGCUCCUGUUCCUCAAGAGCUUGACUAUGAUGGUGGGUUCAGUGGAUGUCAAUCAGAACAUGGCGGAGCAUCUCAACCGUCUUCCCUAUACUAGUUACCUCAUCUUCCUGCUCUUCAUACUUCUCAUUUCCAUCGUGCUCUCCAACCUGCUGGUGGCGCUGGCUGUCAGUGACAUCCGGGAGCUGCGUGCCUCUGCCCACCUCAUGCGUCUUGCAAGCAUGGUGGACGCCAUUGGGAACAUCGAGCAGCUGUGCGACUUUCCCCUUCUGCGCCAUCUGGCCGACUACUGCCGCCUAGACACUGGCGCCAGUCAGGUGCGCCUCUGGCCGCAGCACGACGCCCGCCAGCCGUCCGUGGUGGUGGCCGAGCGCGAGACGUCGCCAGGCACCUCACAUCCCAAGUCUUUCUGCUGGCGCUGGCUCAGGAAGCGCCUUCACCGCCACCACUACGAGAUCCACAUCCCCGCCCUCCUGCAGGAGGAGAUCCUGAACAGGAUCACCGCCAGGGAGUACGUCACCUUGGCCUCCAGUCUCAAAGACGACGAUCAGGAUACCAAAACCAUUUAUAAUGAAAUUAUGAGAAGAUUGAAAGCUAUCGAAAAGUCUAUGAACCGUUAAGUUGAUUCAACCUCUCGAGGGACUCGAUUGAAUUGCACCUGAGAGCGGAAGACUGACCUCUAUCAUGGCUGUUCGUAAUGAUGAGCAAAUCAAAUGAUGAAACUAGCUCACCCGCAUAGGAAGUUGCUUAGCUUAUGGACCUGUACUUGAGAUCGCUCUCCAACCCGUUGUUGAGAUAAUAAUUCAUUAAAACACUUUGAAACUAGCUUAUCAAGACUGUGACUUGUUUAGCUAAAUGAUUUUUUGGUUUCAAUUUGAAACCCUUAUGGGAUUCUGUAAUCUUUUUCCACAACUGUCCACAAGGUGGGUAUGGGGUCACUAAUGUCCACAAGAUGGGUAUGGGGUCCACUAAUGUCCACAAGAUGGGUAUGGGGUCCACUAAUGUCCACAAGAUGGGUAUGGGGUUCACUGUCAUUCACAAGAUGAGUAUGGGGUCCACUACUGUCUAAAAGAUGGGUAUGAGGUGCAUAAUAAAUGAAUUAAACUAAAAGCUAGUGCUUGUAAAGAUUAAUUUAAGAAUUACGAAUAUUUAGAUGGAGAAAUACAGCAACUAGAUGAAAGCGCAAUCAAAAUAGUUUUAUUCAUAACAAUGAACCCGAUUUAUUUUGUAUUUAAACUUGUGUUAUUCCUUUGUUUAUAUAUGUAUGUUAUUGAUAACUGUCUGGGAAGACUCGCUGUAUAAGUGCUCAUGAUUCGGUGUUGAUCUGAAAUAAUGUUGUUAUACAUUCUGAAACAAACGUAUAAACUGCUAAUCUAGCGGGCAUUAAGGCUAGGCUACGGCUCUUCACUUGGAGAGCCUGCUUGACAUUUUCCAUCAAUAUCCAACUUUUUGUUUUGUCUGUCCAUUAUUGUACAGGCCGAACUGGUCCACAUACCAUGAGGUCACUUGUUAGACUGCCAUGUCCCCCUCCAAGAAACUUGCCAAGAGAGCCUCACACUCCUUCAAAGCCACGUAAUACGCGGCCUCGGCCCCCUCCAAGUCACUUAUAUGGCAGUGUUCUACCGGGACUCUGGCCAGGCGGGCGCGCCCUCUCCGUCUUCCUCCGAACAAACAGCCAUAUCUCCUUUUCCAGUCAUGUGCUGGAACACUGCUUGGCUCUGUGACUCACACUCCUUGACGUAGCCAACCUGUGAGGGCGUCAGUCUAGCUAGAAUUGAUGUAAAUGUGCCUCCUGGCUGGCCCACUAUCCACUGUUGAUGGACACCACCGGCCAUAGUCACGCUUCGAGAGAAAUGUGUGUAAAUUUGGAAAGACUGAAGAUAGGUUGAUUGACACAAUUUGCUUAAACAUAUGCUGUUCAAAGCUACAUUCGGUUUCAGAAUCAGCUGCAGUUACACUAAAUUACUUAUACUCUUUGAAUUGAAUCAAUUUAUUUUAUUUUUAUUUAUUUAUUUAUUUAUUAUUAACAAGACGGUACAAUGGGUUUGUGAGAUUACAUAAUACUGGUAUUUUUGCAUUCUUGCUAAACCACUAAAACGCAUAGCAUUUCGGGCAGAAUUCAUUGUACAUGAAGGCAAUAUUCAUUGUACAAUAUAUGAAGAAAUCACAUACACAUAGACACUGUCUCCAUGUACAACAUACACAUAGGGACAUGCUAUUUUUAGUGUACAAAUUGCUUAAAAAUAGUCACUAAAUAGUUUCAAAGUGGCACGCCAAGAAUCCGAGCCUAAGGUCCGUGUUUAUCUUAAUCCGCAUCUGGGUAAAGGUAUAACUAUUUUUUUAACACACUCUUCCUUCUCUACUGUAGCCCAUUAGUUCAACCCAAUGGCAGAUGUGUUUAUAAGUCCGUCGAAAGAAAUGCGUGGCGCAGUGAAUGACAGAUCGAUUAUAUUUUUGUCUGUCAGUGACGGGGUCAUUCAAUUAUUUUUUUAAUAAGUAUAUAAGAGUGUUCAUGUAUCCUCCAUGGACGGAGUUUGAGGAGAGAGACUGGGGCGGUUUUUACAAGAUAAAGUUGUAACUACAAGUCAUGAUUAACAGGUAUAAGUUGAACACAUUUUCAUCUGUGUUUAGAGUUCUCUCAAGGCUGGGGUUUGGUGUCACUCAGGAUGUGGCCUGGUGUCACUCAGGAUGUGGCCUGGUGUCACACAGGAUGUGGUGCAAAUGUAAUUUUAUUAAAAUUAUGUACCUUGCUUAGAUCACAUCUUUAGUUGGUUAUGCUGCAUCUAUGGUUGCUUUUCUGCCCAAAAGCUUAAAGGGCUGAAAAAUAAACUUAAAAACUUUGACUUCAAACUAAUUGAGAGCAAAAGCAAAAAUUUAACUAAAGUAGAAAAGUUAAAAAAAUAUAUAUUAUGUUGAAUGUAACAGCAGAAAUUGCAACAGAACAGCAGAUGGAAAUUUUAACUCAAUAAACAGAAGGAAUAAAUUUGUGUAAGAUUUUACACAACAUAUAUCAGCUGUUUUACAAGUUCAAACAUUAAUCAUUAACAUUCAAUAACAGCAAAACAUAGGUUGACAUUUAGGAGGUGGGUUUGGUUACAUUGAGUUGAUUAGGUAGAACAA